AUGGACUCUCCCGGAGCUGGACCUUCGGGCACUCAACACGAGGACGAUGACCGAGAGUACUUCCUUCGUCAUCGUCGAGAUUACGUCGAGCUUGAUCAAGCAGUCCAAUCAAGUACUGAAUUGUUAUCCUCACUAGCGGCAUAUCUCUCCAACUUCCAGACCGAUUUAUCUGCCGUCUCUGGUCAAAUUUCAGAGCUUCAACAGAAAAGUGCAGAUAUAGAAGGUCAACUCGAAGGUCGAAAAAUCAUUAUCCCUUCCCUCAACUCUUUACUCAUCGAUGUAAUCUUACCCCCUUGGCUCGUUUUAACUCUACGAGAUACGACUCCGAGUCAGAAUCCCGAACAAUGGUUAUUGGCCAUACCUCGAUUAGAAGAGAAGAUCAAUGCUAUAGCCACACGUACACGAGUGAAAGCUACACAAGAAAUAGAAGGUGUUCUCAAUGGUCUAAAGACUAAAGCUCUCAUACAAUUACCUACCUUCCUACUCACUCUUAUCAAACCAUUACGAUCAUCUUCCAAGGGUUUAUCAACGAAUUUAGCUGUAUUGCAAACAUCUUUGUUACUUAAAUAUCAAACGUUUUAUGCUUUUUUACAUCGACAAAGUCCCAGAUUGGCAAAACAGGUGGAGAGAGGUUAUGUCAAUGCUGCCAGAGCUUAUUAUGAGACUGGUAUGAGAAGAUAUUGUCGUGCUUUGGGACAAAUAAAAGCUAGAUCAUUAGAAGGGAUAGACGUUUUAGGAGUCGUCACUUCUGAUCCUGUCAUUACUGAAGGAGAGACCUCUUCCAGCGGAGUUAAAGAAACAUACGAGCGUUUGGUUUACGCUCAUUCAAAUAUUGAAGGAGAGGAUGGAUCCAUCGUACUAGCUUAUAUGGCGGAUGACAAAGAUUUCCUUAUGUCUACGGAAGCUUUAUUCCGUUCAUUAUCUUUGGUCUUGGUAGACAAUGCUUCUGCCGAAUUCACAUUUCUGGUCCGCUUCUUCGGUCGAUUACACAUUAGAGAAAAGACCGCCCCACUCUCUCCUUCCCGUCCAGAAUCCCCAUCUGAAAGUGGGCGAUCUACUUGGGGACGGGAUGACGAAGGUUUGAAGGAGCCAGAAAGAAUAUGGCAUGAAGUCUUCGAUCCAGCUCUUGAAUAUUGUCACUCUUUAUUUCAAUCCAUGAUCACUCCACCGCCUCCCGCUGUACCUCUCUUGAUCAUGAUACGUCUGAACGACGAGCUCUUGACGACUUGCGAAACCCGCGGAACCCUUCCUAUCCUACCAUUUCUACAAGGGCAGAAAUUGGCCAUGUGGCCGUUAUACCGACAACAGAUGGAUUCGCAUAUCACCAGUGUUCAUCGAUUGGCAGAUGAAGCUGCUGGGAAAGGAUUGGCUGCGUUUAUGGGACGAAGCGUUAAAGAUGGAACCGUACGACAAAUUGCUCUUCAUUAUGCGGCUCUAUUCUCAUGCGUCGUCACUCUGAGUGAGACAGCCGAGGAAGUGAUGUUGUUUUCUAGUAUGACACGUAUAAGAACGGAAGUGACUCGUCUAAUAGAAACACAAGCUUCUAAAAUCAAGGCAUCAUCAGAUCGACAUUCGUUCCUAUCAUCAAUCUACGAGAUCAUAAUGCGAGAAUUGGUCUCCGGACCUGGACAAGCGACCCAUCCAAAGUUGCAAGCGGAACUUUCUUUCUUUCGAACGAGAGAGGAAGAAGCUCGACGUAAGAUAACUGAGUGA